AUGACUGCAGCUGAUGAAAGAGUCAAGGAUGGAAGGGACGGCAGACCGGAGGAAGAGUUUCAAUUUUGUGGAGUCGGGUAUAUGAUGCUUGACCUUGGGCGAGGCAACGAACCUCUUUUCGCGUUUUCCUUAUGGAUCAUUGGUACUCUGGUUGGUUACCUUUUGGCACAAGUGAAGUUACAUUCUAUUGUUCCACUCAGAUCAAAUUAUAAUGGCGAUCACCUAAGCAAGUGCCGUACCUCAGCUCAACUCCUCGUUGAAUUACCUGAUGCUCCCACAAAUAAUCUCACAAUUUACGCUGGAUAUUUCCCAUUUAGCGAUGAAGAGAAAAUUCAUUAUACCUUCGUGCAUGCAGAAACAAAUUCGAAUGAAAGUCCAGUAAUAGUGUGGAUGGCUAAUAAGGUAGGAUGUUCAAAUUAUUGGCCCCUAUUUUCGUCCAUCGGUCCUUUCCAAAUUACGAAAAAUAGCCAAGUCCUAGCAGAAAAUCCAAAUUCUUGGACAAAACACGCAAAUUUAUUGGUAAUUGAUAUUCCGGGAGGCAUUGGUUAUUCAUUGGUUUCACCGAGUAGAUUAUACACUGAUGACGAUUUGAUAAAUAUUUAUGUAAAAGUUCUCCAACAAUUCCAACUUAAAUUUCCGGCAUUUAAGGGAGUAUUUGGUCUAAAUUUUCGAUUUGCUGAUGAUCUUGUAUUUAAGAUGGCAAACAUGUAUUACUAUGGACUCGUUAGUGAAAAUGAAAUUGGAAUCAAUCCUUAUAAUUUACAUAUGCCAUGUGCUGUCAAUGAUGAAAAUAAUGAACGACAGUGCUAUGAUGUUAGUGAGUUCACAUCGUAUUUCAAUCGAGAAGAUGUUCGAAACGCAUUUUAUGUAUUACCAGAAGUUAAUAGUUGGGAAAAAUGCGCCAAGGUGAAAAAUUUCGAGAAGAAGGAUCACGACUUUAAUCGAAUGAUAAGAAAGACGAUCGAUAAUGAUAUUAAACUAUUUCUGAUUAAUGGAGAUUUGUCGAUAAACAAUUUUGUCAUACCACAAAGAAUCGUUCAUGAUCUUGGUUAUCCGCAAUUAUCGGCAAAAAAAGCAUUCUCUAUUAAUGAUGUUGUCAGCGGUUUCAUUACUGAAUACAAAGGCGUCGAUUUUGCUACGAUACUUGGUGGUGCAGCUGUUGCAGCUCAUUUGCUAGUUGAAUUACCAGGUGCUCCUCCAAAUAAUUUAUCAAUUUAUUCUGGCUAUUUAUGGGAUGGUCGUAAAGGCCGAAUUCAUUAUAUUUUUACAAAAGCUGAAGAAAAUCCAGAAACGAGUCCAUUAAUAAUAUGGAUGGCAUGUCAACUUGGUUGCUCGAAUUAUUGGCCCAUGUUCUCGUCCUUUGGUCCUUUCCGGAUUAACAAAGUGGAUCAGACUUUGAAAAUAAAUUCAAAAGCAUGGACAAAAGUAGCAAAUUUAUUGGUGAUUGAUGUUCCAGGAGGCAUUGGAUAUUCUUUGGGAUAUAAUCCUGUUAUUUUUAAAAAUGAUUUGAUGGCGAUUUAUAAAAAUGUCUUGGAACAAUUCUUCAUCAAUUAUCCUGAACAUAAGCAAAACGAUUUAUAUUUGGCUGGAUCAGCAGCUUCAACAUGGAUUAUUCCAUCAUUUAUCAAAUAUAUCACGGAAUUAGAGACAGCAGACUCAUCGAAAUUAAAGGGAGCAAUAAUUUUGAAUCCUGCCAUUGGCUCAUCUGCUGUUUCUACAUUAUCAAUAGCUUAUAUGUACUAUCAUGGAUUCGUUGAUGAAAAAAAUUUUCGUUAUUUGGUAUCAAAUUGUUGCAAUGGUGAUAUAGAUCACUGCUUAGUGCUCAAUAUGGAUUCUGAAUGCAUGAAACUUUCUUUAGAUACCACAAUUGAAGUAAAAAUAUCCGGAAUCAAUCCAUACAAUAUUUACGAACCAUGUCAAACCAUGUCACCUCCAUCCAAUUUUACUAGAAAAAACGGUGGCGAAAAUGAUCCACCGAUUUCUGCCUCUUGUCAAGAUCAUAACGAAUUUUUAUCAUAUUUCAACCGACCAGAUGUCCAAGUUGCACUUGAAGCUGUACCUGAUGAUUGUAGCAAAAUUUCGUUUCCUGAAGAACAUGAUGAAAUUGCACUCAUGAAAACGUUGAUCGACAGUGGCAUGAAGCUACUUUUACUUAAUGGCGAUUCAGAUAUAAUUAAUCCUCUCACUGGCACUCAACAGUCCAGUCUUGAUUUAGGAUAUGAGGGCGGUGAUUAUCUUUGCAGUAACAAAGCCGAUGUAAUGCUUCACUUUAUACGAACAUUUUUGGAAAAAUAA